UUAGCAAAUUUGACAGACUUGUUAGAGGGCGCGGAGCUAAAUUGCAAAAAGCUUUUUGCCACGAAGUCCCAACAAGCCUGAAGGAAUCUCUGUUUUAAUCAGGUUUUAACACUCAUGUAAUUAUUUUAACUUUUCGGAAACGUUUCCGAUAUUUUCUCUCUGAUGGGCUAAGUCAUCGAUCAUCGAAACGAGAGCCACGCGAGGGAAAAGAGAAAUGAAUUAAACAAAUAUACAGCUGAAAGGUUACGUCUGUCAUGAGUACCAAUGAUAGCAACUCUCGUCCGACGAAAAGGGGCCGGUAUAAAUUGUACAAUGAGGACUCCAAUGCAAAAAUUCCAAAAACCACGGCCUGGCGUUUAGGUUUACGACAAAUGGUUUCGAACUCGGAACUGACUCAGCAAUGUACGACUGAAGCUCGCGUUGACUGCACAAUUGAGGAUCCCAAUUUCAAUGAAAAUUUUUGUGGGGCAGGAGAUGAAGAGAAAGAAGACGUCGACUUCGAUAAUCAGGGUGAUGGUUUUGUUAACGAAAACUUGGCCAACUUUUUAAAAAGUAAUUCUCAAAGUGUCAAUUUCAACGUCAAAUACAGUCCUAAUGAGAUUUCGUUUUUGCUGUUGACACUUUCUAUAAGCCAAAAUUUCACACUCACUAGCACAUGUAAACUGUUCAGAUUAAUGAACGUAAUACUCGGAACUGACGUGUUUCCGAACACCAAAUUCGAAUUUGAAAAGAUCUUCAAUCCAAGCAUUAAAACGGACUUCAACUAUGCGUGCAAGUCCUGUGGUAAUUUGCUGGGCUGCAAGGACAGCAAUGUUGACGUUGCAAAUAUAAAAUGUUGCUGCGGAGCGUUAACCUCUAGAAUUGGAAUCCAAUCUGAUGAGACGUUUAUAACUUUAAAUAUUGAAUCUCAGCUUGCUCAUUUAUUUGAUAUAGGUGCAAUUUCUUGUGAACCACUGGAGCCAAAUACCAAGUGCAAUGAUAUUACUGGGGGUACUUUAUACAGAGAAAUUGACAGUAAAAUAAGAACCACAUUAAAUGGACAAGGGAAAAAUAUUUAUCUGAGUUGUGUAUUCAAUGCUGAUGGAGCGCCUAUGGACAAUUCUUCAUCAAUAACUCCUAUAUUUCGAAUGAUUAAUGAAGCCAAUUUUAAAUUUCGAGGAAAAAACUUGAUUUUAGCAGCACUUUGGUAUGGUGGUUCAAAACCGAGAAUGGAGGUUUUUCUGAAACCAUUUGUAAAAAUGAUGAAAAAAUAUUCUGAGGAAGGUGUAACUUUGAACAUAAAGGGAGAGCAAGUGACAAUUUAUUUAACUGGGACUUGUUGCUGCGUAGAUUCAGUCACCAGGGCUCAGAUCCAAGGAGUUACUGGAGUAAACGAUCACUUUUGCUGUAGCUGGUGCUUGAUUAAAGGGGUUGCAACUACAGAUAAAUCCGGCAGGGCCGUUGUAAAGUAUGCAAAAAAGGUUUUAACAAAUUUGGAACCACUAACGUACAUAUAUUACGUCCCAAAUUUAAGAACCGAAAAAAAUUUUGCUUCUGCUUAUGAAAACUUGUUCGAAAAUGAAUUUGAAAAGCUAGACGGCGUUGGAAUUGUUAGCCCCUGCAUUGAUUCACCAGAGUUUAAAAUGGUUUGGGGAUUUAUUCCUGAUUAUGUGCAUUGCGUCUUGCUUGGAACAACUCGGCGAUUCAUAAAAAUUUGUUCUACGCACGAAGGUUCAAAGUAUUUUUUUGGAGACUCCGAUACGAUUCAAAUCAUAGAUAAUUAUCUGAAAAAUAUUCGUCCCCCAAAAAUUGUGCAAAAAGUACCACUUCUCAUCAGCAUGCAAAACUUAAUGAACUCUCGGGAAGCUGAAAAUUGGCUCCUUUUCUAUAGUGUUCCCAUUUUAAGCCAGAUUUUACCAACCGCGUAUGUUCAGCAUUGGAAGUUGCUUGUCGGUUCAAUGCAGUUACUUUUGCAAGAUGAAGUGAGUGCAACAGACGUCGAGAAAGCAGAAAAAAUGUUAGAAAUUUUUACAGCUGAUACGGAAAAGUUAUAUGGCACAUGUGAAAUGACUUAUGACAUUCAUCAAUUGACUCACUUUGGACAAAGUGUAAGGCUUUGGGGUCCAUUAUGGGCACACACAGCUUAUCCGUUUGAAGCAGCACUUAAGACUUCGAAAAAAAUAAUAGAAGAUACCAAAGGGGUUCCGCACCAAAUUGUCCAAAGAAUAAAUUUAACAAAUUGUCUAUCUUUCAUGGAAAGAUUUAUAGAUGUCAAAGACGAGGAGCUCCAGACAUUUUGUCACAGUUUACUCGAUUGUCGAAAAGUAACGUUUAGUAAAAAAAGUGGAAAAGAUCAAACCUUACUUGGAAAAAAUCAGCCAUCGGUCUCGCGACCUCCAAAUUUCCCAAGGGAUGUAAAUUUUUAUGAAUACGAAAAAGUUGUUUCAAAAGGAGUUUUGUAUUCAAAGGCCGCGAAGAAGAAAGCAAAGUUUGAUGACUCGUACAUAGUAUUAAAAAAUGGACGGUUCUGUCACAUUGUCAAUAUUAUUUCGGAAGGUAAUUUGGAGGAUGUAUAUUUGAUUGUACGUUAUUUAGUUUGCAUUGAUGUUGAAAAUUUGAUUGGUACAAAAAAAAUUGCUGCUGUUGAAGAUGAAGAGAAAUUUAUUAAACUUGAGAAGGUUAAGGGUCCAGCAGUGUAUGUAAAAAUAAAAAAUGAUAGUGGUUUUGACAAUUGGAUUACUGUUGUACCUAGAAAGCAUUUUUUGAUGAACAUGUAAGACCAUGGCAGAGAUUAAUUUAAUAUUGAAUUUCGUCCUGUAUUUAUUAUUAUUAUUAUUUAUUCUUCUCGGUCAAUACAAAAAUUUUAAAUUGGAAAAAAGAGAAGAAAGGGUUUACAAUUAGCAGUUUGUGCAGUUAUUUGUAUAAAUAUAAAUAAACUUAUUUUCAUAA